AUGACGUGUUGUAGCAUGAAAGUGUUUUUCAUUGCAUUUUUCCUCUGUGAUCUCACACGGCCUACGAUGGGUCCGCCCAGUGCAGACUUUACCAUGACCCUGUACCUGAGGCACUAUUGGAAGGACGAAAGGCUGUCUUUCCCUAGCACAAACAACCUCAGCAUGACAUUUGAUGGCCGACUGGUUAAAAAGAUCUGGGUUCCUGACAUGUUCUUUGUACAUUCCAAGAGGUCCUUCAUUCAUGACACCACUACAGACAAUGUUAUGCUCCGGGUCCAGCCUGAUGGGAAGGUGCUAUACAGCCUCAGGGUCACUGUAACUGCAAUGUGCAAUAUGGAUUUCAGUCGCUUUCCCCUGGACACACAAACAUGUUCACUUGAAAUUGAAAGUUAUGCUUACACAGAAGAUGACCUUAUGCUGUAUUGGAAAAAAGGGAAUGAUUCCUUGAAGACAGAUGAGAGGAUCUCCCUGUCCCAGUUCCUGAUACAAGAAUUCCAUACCACCACUAAGCUUGCCUUUUAUAGUAGCACAGGAUGGUACAACCGCUUAUACAUUAACUUCACUUUACGUCGCCACAUCUUCUUUUUCUUGCUCCAAACCUAUUUCCCUGCUACUUUGAUGGUCAUGCUGUCUUGGGUGUCCUUCUGGAUUGAUCGUAGAGCUGUGCCUGCCAGAGUUCCUUUAGAGGAACAUGAAAAGAUGUACUUGUGCAAAGGGCAUGGUGGGGAUCCUGAGGAAGAACAGAGAAUCAAGUACAGGAUAAGGAUUUUGUCAGUGUACCUCUGA